ACAGCCCCUCCCCUUCCCGUCGGCGACUGGGCCCCGGGGGAGCUGGCAGGAGCUUGCGUGGGAGCGGAGCCCCCGAGCCGGGAGGAACCGCAGAUAUGGGCAGCGAGCAGCCCAGACCAACUGGGAAAGGAAAAUUAUUGAAGACGACUGUAAAAUUUUUGCCACAGUUGGCUCAGGUAAGCUCUAAGCCACAGUGGCAGCAAGCUUCUCCUUCAUUUCAUCUGAGAAAAGAGCAGAAAGAUGAUGAGCCAGAUCAGUUUAUUGUCAAAAAUGAGCUUUCACCUGGACAAUAUUUGGAGGAGAGGAAUAAGAGACGCAGGAUACAGGGCUCUAUGGUUAAUGAACCAGUUGCUGGAACAUCAACUUCUAAAGCAUGGAGCAGCUAUCAUCCAAAAAAAGAUCGUGAAAAUUUCAGAAGUACUCUUGUUAACAUCAUCAUGCAGCAAGACUUUACUCUGCAACAGCCUGUUUCACUACAUGAAACCCAGUCUCCAAGAACGGGUUCUCCCACGCCCAUAAAGAAAGACAUUUUGAAAUACUACUAUUACAUUCAGCAUGGAAUUGAUACAGAACAUGUCGCUCCAAUGGAAGACUCUUGGCUGGAGCAUGUAUUGGAUUUAGUUCCACGGCAUCUGAAAGUACUCAGCGAAAGUAUAUAUUUACUGUCUGAUGAAAUGAGAGAAGACUAUCUUCUGAGUGUAAAGAAAGCUAUAGUUGACUUUGUUUUAAGAGAUCCCAGGGAAAAAGAUGAAGACAAGAAGCAAGCUUUUCUUCCACCUCAUCGUGCAGAAAUGGAAGUUGUGCCAAAACCUUGGAACAAGUCUUUCUUGUCAGCUUGCAGUUACAUAAAGGAAAAUUUGUAUGCAAUGAACCCCACAAUGUUGGCUGUUCUGGACUUAUGGGAGACUUCUUUUAAAAAUUUACGCUUAGUUGAUAAAGAAACAUUUCACAAUCGUCAGGAAGCAAUGGAACUCUCAUUCUUCCAGAAUAUUGCCCUGAAGCACAUGGAAUCUGCCAAAGAAGUUCUUCUUAAAAAGUGGUUUCCAGAAGUGCAAAAUAUCUAUUACCAAGGUAAUAAAAGAAAGCAGGUGCCUACAAAUGCCAGCAGUGCCAAAUUAGAAUCUUUCUUUGACUGUGCUGCUACUUUAAUGACUCGACAACUGCAAAACUUAGCCUUACUUUCAAUACAGGACUUCACGGAUUUAAUUGUGCAGCCUCCACAAUCUGUUCGAGCCUAUGAGCAUUCAGGUUUCAUCAUGAGGCUGAUCCUUGACAAAGACUGUAUUAAGUUUGAACCUGAGUUUAAUGAUUAUGAAGUUAUAUUUCUGAAUAUUUAUAAUGUUAUGAUUAAAGCUAUCAAUCUUGUGCCAAGAGUUGAGACCAAAUUGUAUUCUAAGUGGAAACAAUGUGUUUUUCCAAAGCCGGAAAGCAAGUCUAAAUCCACUAAUUUGAAACCUAUUAUCCUCGAUGAAAUCCUGAAUGAGCAUAAGAGAAGGAUCAAAGAAGAGAUUGCCAAAGAAAGCAUUGCACCUAUGGAGCAUCUCAAACUGUAUGAUAAGUACAAUUUCUUGAUAAACAAACAAGCUGAAGAGGAUAUUGAUCAGUUCCUGUCAGAGGAACAUAACUUUGAAGAAAUAACAGGAGAAGCUGUCAAAUACCAAAACCUCAGUGAGGAAAUACAGUACACUUCUAGGAAGAACAUUCGUCUAGGAAUGUUUGAGCUGCACUGUGAUGAAUUGAUUAGGGCUUUGGCAAAGCGAGCAGAUGCAAUUUUUGGAAAAAUUGUUGCCAAAAUGUUCAAAGAUCAUCAAGAUAUAAACCUGAGUUUAUGUGAUGAAUUUGAGAAGAUAGCCGAGAAAGCUCUUACCACUCCAUCAAAUACACAGGAGUUAAUGGAACUUAAGGCAUAUAUACAGAAGGUGGAAACACGGGACAUGUUUGAGUUGGAACAGAAAUUGGUGGACUCUAAAAAUUACCUUGCUUUUCUGAUAGAGUGUGCAAACUUUUCACCAGCAGAUAUUCGACUGAAUAAUAGUGUUUUUCAGUGGUAUGCUCGAAUGUCAGAGAUUUUUGAAGAGCACAGAAAAAUAAUUAAAGAAAAAACAGAGCAAUUUCAAGAGGGACUUAAGAUACGUUGUGAACGAUUUGUUGAGGAAUUGGAGAGUUACUCUAAGCAAGUUGAAGAAUUUUACACAUUUGGAGACAUUCAGGAAGUCAACAGAUAUCUAAAAAAAGCUCAGGCAUUGAAUGCGAAGUUGGAUGUGGCUGUUGAUAAGAUCGAUCUGUUUAAUGCAGAAGAAGAGGCCUUUGGAUGGCUAGCUUCUCAGUACCCUCAGCGUAAAAAAAUCCAAGACACUCUUAACCCAUAUCUUCGUCUCUAUGAUAUGACUGUAGAGUUCACUACCAAACACAGAAACUGGAUGGAGGGAUUAUUCACAAUGGUGAAUCCAGACCAAGUAGAGAUAGAUGUAGGAAACUAUUGGCGUGGACUAUAUAAACUAGAAAAAACCUUCCAUGAUUCCCCAAAUGCAUUAUCAGUGACAACAAAGAUUAAAGCAAAAGUGGAAGAAUUCAAAGAACACAUUCCUCUAAUCCAGGUGAUUUGUAACCCUGGUUUGCAAGAACGGCACUGGGAUGCCAUGUCAGAAAUUGUUGGGUUUUCACUGAAGCCUUCAGAAGACUCAACUGUCUCUUUAUAUAUUGAUAUGCAACUUGAUCCAUACUUGGAUAAAUUUGAGGCUAUCAGUGAAGUAGCCAGCAAAGAACAUUCACUUGAGAAGGCCAUGAUUAAAAUGAUAUCUGAAUGGGAUGCAAUGGAAUUUAUCCUCCUUUCUUAUAGAGAAACAGGAACCUAUAUUUUGUCAUCAGUGGAUGAUAUUCAGAUGUUAUUGGAUGACCACAUUGUCAAAACACAAACCAUGAGAGGAUCUCCGUUCAUUAAGCCUUAUGAAAAAAAAAUAAGGGAAUGGGAAGGAAAGCUGUUGUUGGUACAGGAAAUCCUUGAUGAAUGGCUGAAGGUUCAAGCUACUUGGUUAUAUUUGGAGCCAAUUUUCAGUUCUCCUGACAUUAUGGCUCAGAUGCCCGAGGAAAGUAGGCGAUUCACUGCUGUGGAUAAAACCUGGAAAGAUCUAAUGAAAUCUGUCUUACAGGACAAACAUGUUCUGACAGUGGUGAUGAUAGACAAGAUGUUGGAAAAGCUAAAAAAGUGCAAUGAAUUGCUGGAACUAAUUCUUAAGGGACUUAAUGAAUACUUAGAAAAGAAGCGUCUUUACUUCCCCAGAUUUUUUUUCUUAUCUAAUGAUGAACUCCUUGAGAUUCUUUCAGAGACCAAAGAUCCUACACGGGUAAACCCUCACUUGAAGAAGUGUUUUGAAGGAAUUGCAAGUGUUGAGUUUACUGAAGUUUUAGACAUUACACAUAUUAAGAGUAGUGAAGGAGAGGUUGUGGAACUCAUAGACACAAUCUCAACAUCUAAAGCUCGAGGUCAAGUUGAAAAGUGGCUCGUUGAGUUGGAGGCAGCUAUGCUAAAUUCUAUCCACAAGGUGAUUGCAGAAGCAAUAGAAGCCUAUCCAAGAACUCCACGUAUUAACUGGGUGAGGGACUGGCCGGGACAGACAGUUCUUUGUGUAUCCCAGAUUUUCUGGACUUCGGAGGUACAAAAAUCCGUUAGAAAUGGCCAACAGGCACUCAAGGAUUAUCUGGAACAGAAUACUAGACAGAUUGAUGACAUUGUUACCUUGGUGCGAGGAAAGCUGUCUAAGCAGAAUCGAGUGACUCUUGGAGCACUUGUUGUGCUGGAUGUUCAUGCUAGGGAUGUUCUUGCAUCUCUAGUAAGCAAGAAAGUCAGUGAUGAAAGUGACUUUGAAUGGUUAAGUCAGCUUAGGUACUACUGGGAGGAAGGACAUCUACAAACAAAGAUGAUCAAUGCUGGUUUGAAAUAUGGGUAUGAGUAUCUUGGCAAUACCCCAAGGUUGGUUAUUACUCCACUUACAGACAGAUGUUACAGAACCCUGUUUGGAGCACUUCACCUUCAUCUGGGAGGUGCCCCUGAAGGUCCUGCUGGAACUGGAAAAACUGAAACUACGAAAGACUUAGCAAAGGCUGUAGCGAAGCAAUGUGUGGUUUUCAAUUGUUCUGAUGGAUUGGAUUACCUUGCGUUAGGAAAAUUCUUUAAGGGUUUGUUGUCUUGUGGAGCCUGGGCUUGCUUUGAUGAAUUUAACAGAAUUGAUUUGGAAGUACUUUCUGUUGUUGCUCAACAAAUUCUUACUAUCCAAAGAGGUAUCAAUUCAGGGUCUGACUUACUAGUAUUUGAAGGAACUGAACUGAAAUUGAACCCCACAUGUGCUGUCUUUAUAACCAUGAAUCCAGGUUAUGCUGGGCGUUCAGAGCUUCCAGAUAAUCUUAAGGCUCUCUUUAGAACAGUAGCUAUGAUGGUUCCUGAUUAUGCCAUGAUUGCAGAAAUUGUCUUGUAUUCCUGUGGUUUUGUUACUGCUCGACCUCUGUCAGUGAAAAUUGUAGCUACAUAUCGUCUAUGUUCAGAGCAAUUGUCUUCCCAGCAUCAUUACGAUUAUGGAAUGAGAGCUGUAAAGUCAGUGCUUACUGCAGCUGGUAACUUGAAGCUGAAAUAUCCGUCAGAGAAUGAAGAAAUUUUGCUACUAAGAUCCAUUAUAGAUGUAAACCUGCCUAAGUUUUUGUCCCAUGAUUUACCACUUUUUGAGGGCAUUACUUCAGAUUUGUUUCCUGGUGUGAAGCUGCCAAAACCGGAUUACAAUGACUUACUAGAAGCAAUCAAAAUGAACUGUGAAGCUAUGAAUUUGCAAAUGACCGACAUGUUUGCUGAGAAGAUCCUACAGAUAUUUGAAAUGAUGAUUGUGCGUCAUGGUUUUAUGAUAGUGGGAGAACCAUUUGGGGGAAAAACAUGUGCCUAUCGAGUUUUGGCAGCAGCUUUGGGUGACUUAUGUGAAAAGGGGAUGAUGGAGGAAAACAAGGUUCAGAUCACUGUUAUAAAUCCCAAGUCUAUAACCAUGGGGCAACUGUAUGGACAGUUUGAUCCAGUCUCACAUGAAUGGUCGGAUGGCAUCCUGGCAGUGAGCUUUAGAGCAUUUGCUUCUUCCUUGACACCAGACAGGAAAUGGUUGAUUUUUGAUGGACCAGUAGAUGCAGUAUGGAUUGAGAAUAUGAAUACUGUGCUGGAUGAUAACAAGAAGCUAUGUCUCAUGAGUGGAGAGAUCAUUCAGAUGUCACAGCAAAUGAGCCUUAUUUUUGAACCAAUGGAUUUAGAAGUUGCUUCCCCUGCUACUGUUUCUAGAUGUGGCAUGAUUUAUAUGGAGCCUCAUAUGUUAGGCUGGAGACCACUGUUGAUGUCUUGGCUAAAUCUAAUGCCACCUGGAGUCAACUCUAUGCAUAAAGAAUUUAUAGUAGGCUUGUUUGACAGAAUGGUCCCACUUUCUAUUGAGUUCAUUAGAAAAUGUGCAAAGGAAUUGUCUCCUACUUCAGACGCAAACUUAGUUCGAUCCUUGAUGAAUCUAAUGGACUGCAUGAUGGAUGAGUUUGCUGACGAGGCCAAAAUUAAGGCUAUGAGUGAACGUGAUGUUUUCUCUUGGCUUAAGGGUAUUUUCCUGUUUUCACUGAUCUGGUCUGUAGGAGGUAGCUGUAAGGAAGAUGAUCGACUAAAAUUUGACAAGAUUGUGCGAGAAAUACUUGAUGGACCAAUUAGUGAGGAAACAAGAGAAAAAUAUAAAUUGCUUAGUGGUAUUGACCAACUAUCUUCAAAGACCUUCACGGUUCCAUUUCCUACAGAGGGAACAAUUUAUGACUAUCGGUUUGUCAAAAAGGGAGCAGGAUUAUGGGAACCCUGGGUGGAAACACUCAAAUCAGCUCCUCCCAUACCUCGAGAUAUGAUGUUUAAUGAAAUCAUUGUUCCAACUCUGGAUACUAUUCGAUACUCUGCGUUAAUGGAGUUGCUGACAGUGCAUCAAAAACCUUCUAUAUUUGUGGGACCAACAGGAACUGGAAAGAGUAUCUAUAUUAUUCAUUUUCUUUUAAAUAACUUGAAUAAAGAAGUCUACAAACCACUCCUCAUUAAUUUCUCAGCACAAACUACAGCAGCUCAGACUCAGAAUAUUAUCAUGUCAAAGCUGGAUAAAAGGAGGAAGGGAGUUUUUGGGCCUCCUCUUGGGAAGCGAAUGGUUGUCUUUGUAGAUGAUGUAAAUAUGCCAGCACGAGAAGUCUAUGGUGCUCAGCCUCCAGUUGAGUUACUUCGCCAGUGGUUAGAUCAUUGGAAUUGGUAUGACCUUAAAGACUGCUCUAUGAUUAAACUUGUGGACAUUCAAAUUAUGUGUGCAAUGGGACCAGCAGGUGGUGGCCGAAACCCAAUAACUCCUCGAUACUUGCGACAUUUCAAUACGGUUACUAUUAAUGAGUUUGAUGAUGAUUCCAUGUAUACGAUUUUCUCUAGAAUUUUAGACUGGCAUCUCUCUACUUGUUAUAACUUCACAUCUGAAUAUUUAGACUUGACUCCACAAAUUAUUAACGGUACCAUGGUGGUGUAUAAAGAAGCUAUGAAGAAUCUGCUGCCCACUCCAGCCAAAUCUCACUAUUUGUUCAACCUCCGUGAUUUCUCCCGCGUUAUUCAAGGUGUUUGUCUGUCAAGACCUGAAACAACAGAAUCUGUAGGAAUGAUAAAACGUCUUUGGGUUCAUGAGGUUCUUAGAGUGUACUAUGAUCGCUUAGUGGAUAAUGCAGAUCGAGCCUGGCUUGUGGGGUAUAUCCAAGAAGUAGUGAAAAGUCAUUUAGAUGAAGACUUCCACGAACUUUUCCAGAGCCUGGACUUCAAUUUUGAUGGCAAGGUAGAAGAGGAUGACUUACGUAGCCUAAUGUUUUGUGACUUUCAUGACCCCAAACGAGAGGACACCAACUACAGGGAGGUCAAUGAUGUGGACACAUUGAGAUUAGUUGUAGAGAGCCACUUGGAAGAAUUUAAUAACAUGAGUAAAAAACCUAUGCAACUUGUCUUGUUCCGAUUUGCUAUUGAACAUGUCUGUAGAAUUUCACGGAUCCUGAAACAACCUCGCAGCCAUGCCCUUCUGGUUGGUGUCGGAGGCAGUGGCAGGCAGUCCCUCACUCGAUUAGCAGCACAUAUGGCUGAUUAUACACUUUUUCAGGUUGAAAUAUCUAAGAGCUACGGUAACAAUGAGUGGCAUGAAGACUUAAAAGUCAUCCUAAGGAAAUCUACUGAGGGUGAGAUGCAAGGAGUUUUCUUAUUCACUGAUUCUCAGAUAAAGAAGGAGUCAUUUUUAGAAGACAUUAACAACUUACUAAAUGCAGGGGAGGUACCAAACCUCUUUGCACUAGAUGAGAAACAAGAAAUUUGUGAACGAAUGCGUCAGAUAGACCGCCAGCGAGAUAAAAUAAAGCAAACUGAUGGUAGCCCCAUAGCUCUUUUUAACAUGUUCAUUGAUCGCUGCCGAGACCAGCUCCAUGUGGUAUUGGCAAUGAGUCCCAUUGGAGAUGCUUUUCGUAAUCGCCUUCGAAAAUUUCCAGCUCUUGUUAACUGCUGCACGCUUGACUGGUUUCAGACAUGGCCUGAAGAUGCAUUGCAAGCUGUUGCCUCUCGCUUCUUGGAAGAUAUUGAAAUGUCAGAGGCAACACGUGAAGGCUGUAUUGAUAUGUGUAAAAGCUUUCACACUUCUACCAUUGUUUUGUCUGACCUGUUCCAUACUGAGCUUCAAAGGCACAAUUAUGUUACACCUACCUCAUACCUGGAAUUAAUCUCCACUUUCAAAACCUUACUGGAAAAGAAACGCACUGAGGUGAUGAAAAUGAAAAGAAGAUAUGAAGUUGGCUUGGAGAAACUGAAUUCUGCUGCAUCACAGGUGGCUUCGAUGCAAUAUGAGCUGGAAGCCCUUCAGCCUCAGCUAAAGGAAGCUAGCAAACAAGUUGAUGAGAUGAUGGUGGUUAUUGAAAAGGAGUCUUUGGAAGUAGCUAAAACUGAAAAAAUAGUGAAAGCUGAUGAAGCUGUGGCGAAUGAGCAAGCUAUGGCUGCAAAAGCAAUCAAAGAUGAAUGUGAUGCUGAUCUGGCACAAGCCUUGCCGAUUCUGGAAAGUGCUCUGUCUGCUCUUGAUACUCUGACUGCACAGGAUAUCACAGUUGUGAAGUCCAUGAAGAGUCCUCCUUCUGGUGUCAAGUUAGUUAUGGAAGCUAUAUGCAUCCUGAAAGGCAUCAAAUCAGAUAAAAUUCCAGAUCCAUCAGGCUCAGGGAAAAAAAUAGAGGAUUUCUGGGGUCCAGCAAAGAGACUUCUAGGUGAUAUAAGAUUUCUGCAGUCGCUUCACGAAUAUGAUAAGGACAACAUUCCUCCAGCUUACAUGGCCAUCAUCAGGAAACAAUAUAUCACAAAUCCUGAGUUUGUACCAGACAAGGUUCGAAAUGCUUCCACAGCAGCGGAAGGUCUGUGCAAAUGGGUCAUUGCCAUGGAUUCCUAUGAUAAAGUGGCAAAAGUUGUUGCCCCCAAAAAGAUAAAGCUAAAUCAGGCUGAAGGGGAACUGAAGAUUGCAAUGGAUGGUUUGAGAAAAAAACAAGCAGCCCUAAAGGAAGUUCAGGACAAAUUGGCUAUACUCCAACAAACUUUGGAAUCAAAGAAUCAGGAGAAGGCUGAUCUGGAGAAUCAGGUUGACCUGUGCAGCAAAAAGCUACAGAGAGCAGAACAAUUGAUUGGAGGCCUUGGUGGUGAGAAAACUCGCUGGAACCUGACUGCUCUGGAGCUGGGGAGGCAGUACAUCAAUUUGACUGGAGAUAUCCUCAUUUCUUCAGGAAUUGUGGCUUACCUGGGAGCCUUCACAUCCAGCUAUAGACAAAAUCAAACAAAUGAGUGGACAUCACUCUGUAAAAUGAGAGAUAUUCCUUGCUCAGAGGAUUUUUCCCUAACAAAUACUUUGGGAGAACCUGUUAAAAUCAGAGCUUGGAACAUUGCUGGAUUACCAUCUGACAUGUUUUCUAUUGAUAACGGUAUCAUCAUCUCAAAUGCAAGAAGAUGGCCUCUGAUGAUAGAUCCCCAGGGCCAAGCAAACAAAUGGAUAAAAAAUAUGGAAAAAACUAAUAGUUUGCACAUAAUUAAACUCAAUGACCCUGAAUUUGUGAGAACACUGGAAAACUGCAUUCAGUUUGGCACUCCUGUGCUGCUGGAAAAUGUUGGAGAAGAACUGGACCCUAUCCUAGAACCACUUCUACUCAAACAGACGUUUAAGCAGUCUGGUAGUAUAUGCAUCCGUCUUGGUGACUCCACCAUUGAAUAUGCUCCUGACUUUCGCUUUUAUAUUACAACCAAGCUGAGAAACCCACACUAUCUUCCUGAAACAUCUGUUAAGGUAACCUUACUGAACUUCAUGAUAACUCCAGAAGGAAUGCAAGAUCAGCUUCUUGGAAUUGUAGUAGCAAGAGAGAGACCAGAUCUUGAAGAAGAAAAGCAAGCCUUAAUCUUGCAAGGAGCUGAGAAUAAAAGACAACUAAAAGAAAUAGAAGACAAGAUUUUAGAAGUUCUUUCAGCUUCAGAAGGAAAUAUUUUAGAGGAUGAAACUUCCAUUAAGAUAUUAUCUUCUUCCAAAGUUCUGGCUAAUGAGAUUUCUGAGAAGCAAGCUAUAGCUGAAGAGACAGAAAAGAAGAUUGAUACUACUCGAAUGGGUUACCGUCCUAUUGCUAUUCAUUCAGCAAUCCUGUUUUUCUCAAUUGCUGAUCUAGCCAACAUUGAGCCAAUGUACCAGUAUUCUCUUAUGUGGUUUAUUAACCUUUUUGUCAUGUCUAUAGAUAAUUCAGAGAAAUCAGAAGAGUUACAGACAAGGCUGAAGAUUCUCAAGGAUCAUUUUACUUAUUCACUCUAUGUUAAUAUCUGUCGCUCACUCUUUGAAAAGGACAAGCUGCUCUUCUCUUUUUGUCUAAAUGUAAAUCUCCUGCAGCAUGAAAAAUUGAUUAAUGAGAGUGAGUGGAAAUUUUUACUAACUGGUGGCAUAGGCCUGGACAAUCCCUUCUCUAAUCCCUGCACCUGGCUUCCUCAGAAGGCCUGGGAUGAAAUUUGUCGACUAGCUGAUUUGCCAGGCUUCAGAAACAUUCGUAAGGAUUUUAUGCGACUGAAGGAUGGAUGGAAAUCAGUGUAUGAUAGUUUGGAACCCCACCAUGAGGAUUUUCCUGAAGAGUGGAAAAACAAAUUGGGCCAAUUCCAGAGGAUGCUUAUCAUUCGCUGCCUGAGGCCUGACAAAAUUAUCCCUAUGGUACAAGAAUUUAUCAUUGACAAGCUGGGCCGUCCAUUUAUUGAACCACCUCCAUUUGAUUUGUCAAAGGCAUUUUCUGAUAGCCACUGCUGUGCACCAUUGAUUUUUGUGCUGUCUCCUGGUGCAGACCCUAUGGCUGCUCUUCUCAAGUUUGCUGAUGACCAGGGGUAUGGUGGAUCAAAGCUGAGCUCUCUAUCUCUAGGACAGGGCCAAGGUCCUAUAGCCAUGCGGAUGAUAGAGAAGGCAGUAAAGGAGGGCAGCUGGGUAGUUCUGCAAAACUGCCACCUAGCAACUUCAUGGAUGCCAACACUGGAAAAAGUCUGUGAGGAGCUGAAUCCUGAUACAACACAUCCAGAUUUCCGACUUUGGCUGACCAGUUACCCAUCUCCAAAUUUUCCCGUCUCUGUCCUUCAGAAUGGAGUGAAAAUGACCAAUGAAGCACCGAAAGGUUUACGGGCAAAUAUUAUCCGUUCAUACCUGAUGGAUCCAAUUUCUGACCCUGAGUUUUUCAACAGUUGCAAGAAGCCUGCUGAAUUCAAGAAGCUGCUGUAUGGCCUCUGUUUCUUCCAUGCAUUGGCUCAAGAAAGACGGAAAUUUGGGCCACUGGGUUGGAACAUUCCUUAUGAAUUUAAUGAGACUGAUCUGCGAAUUAGUGUGCAGCAGCUGAACAUGUUUCUGAACCAAUAUGAGGAACUGCCGUAUGAUGCCUUACGGUAUAUGACUGGAGAAUGCAAUUAUGGUGGCAGAGUUACUGAUGAUUGGGAUCGGCGCACGCUCCGUAGCAUUUUAAACAAAUUCUACAAUUCUGAAAUUGUUAUGGACUUAGAAUAUAAGUUUGAUAACAGUGGUCUUUAUUUUGCCCCACCUGAAGGAGACUACCAAAGCUACAUCGACUACACAAAGACCCUUCCAUUGAACACUUCCCCAGAGAUUUUUGGGAUGAAUGCUAAUGCUGAUAUUACCAAAGAUCAGUCAGAAACUCAGAUGCUCUUUGAUAACAUUCUUCUUACUCAGUCUCGAGCCACAGGCGUUGGUGCAAAAUCCACAGAUGAAAUUGUUAAUGAAGUGGCAGGUGACAUCUUGAGCAAACUUCCCUCAAACUUCAGCAUCGAGGCUGCAAUGAGGAGAUAUCCGACCACCUACACGCAGAGUAUGAACACUGUACUUGUCCAAGAGAUGGGGCGAUUUAACAAGUUACUGCAGACAAUAAGAGACUCCUGUGUUAACAUCCAGAAAGCAAUCAAGGGAUUGGUGGUGAUGUCCUCUGAACUAGAAGAAGUGGUAAGCAGCAUCUUGAAAGGCAGAAUUCCAGGAAUGUGGAUGAAUAAAUCUUACCCAAGCCUCAAACCACUUGGCAGCUAUGUGAAUGACUUUCUUACCAGAUUAAAGUUCUUACAGCUGUGGUACGAAAAUGGAACUCCACCAGUCUUUUGGCUUUCAGGAUUUUUCUUCACUCAAGCCUUCUUAACUGGUGCCCAGCAGAACUAUGCCAGAAAAUACACUAUUCCAAUUGACCUACUAGGGUUUGACUAUGAAGUGCUGGAGGACAAGGAAUACAAAAAUGCCCCAGAAGAUGGAGUCUACAUUCGAGGAUUGUUCCUGGAUGGAGCUCGCUGGGACAGAAAAACUAAGAAACUAGCAGAAUCUUAUCCGAAAAUCCUCUAUGAUACAGUACCUGUGAUGUGGUUAAAGCCUUGCAAGAGGUCAGACAUUUCACAACGACCAAGUUACGUUGCUCCAGUGUACAAGACCAGUGAGAGAAGAGGAACCCUCUCCACUACGGGACAUUCUACUAACUUUGUGAUAGCAAUGAUUCUUCCCUCAGAUAAACCAGAACAACACUGGAUUGGACGGGGGGUGGCACUAUUAUGCCAGCUUAAUUCCUAAAUUUAGCAUGAAUAUUUGCAGAUGCUUAUUUUUGAGAUGAAUCAUUUGUGUAAGAAGCAUUUCAAUUUUUAAACACUACUGUCUAGUGAAAUCACAAUAUUUAAACAAUCCAUUACAUUUCUGCCUUUCAAGAGAUUUUUUAAUAUACUAAAAUACAAAAUAAAGCUGUGUAAUAAAAAACUUUACAAAAACGAA